AUGAUCUAUGCUUGGUCCCACAGACCGUACUACAUGAACAACGGGUCUGACAACGCGUCCAUGCCGUACGUGAACGGUAACUACGACGUGUUGUACGAGUUCAUCCACAGUCAGAACCAGUGGGUACAAUACGGAGACCGCGUGUGGGUCAACCACAUCGACUACGUCACACAAUGCACCUCAUUCAGCUACUCUGAUAUAGAGAUCACUGACUGCGAACAGAAGAACGCGUUUAUAUGCGAAAUUGACCCGAAAAUCUCAAUCGAUCCUCUAUCAUGGCGCGGGGACGCGCUGGUAGUAUCGUUCGUGUGUGUGUUAGGAGCGGCCUUACUACUUGUUGCACUCGCUCUUGUAGCUUGGUACUACAAAUCUAAACAUCGACAUGUUCAACGACUCGAGAGACGAAACUCUAUCAGGCAGUCGCUGCAUUCAGUGAGAUCCAUCGGCAGCAUUAAUGGAGGCUUCCCAGAUACUACAUAUCGAAGGAAAAUGGUUCAAAUGAGCACUCGUUCAACGGACACACUAACAAAAGGCUCGGAUUACAAGAAGAUGCUCGCUUCAACCACAUCCAUGGAAUCUAUGGAGAAGAGUCAGUUCAACUCCUCGCUUGAAGACACACAGAGCUUCGAUAUAUAUGAAGCUCACAACCCUAACAACAUUAUACAGUUAAAACACAGCACCUUUAAUAGGAAACCUGCCUCACCCGAAUACAGUGUACCACAGAAUAGGCCAUACAACCUAGCUUACAAGAACGAAGGGUAUAAAGAAAACUCAGCUAGUUUAGCACCUUCUAUGAACACUGUGGCUACAGAGGAAUUACCUAUAAUACAUCACCCAGGAGGAAUCACAUCACAUGAUGAUGAUACACUAUCACCUACAAGUCCUUCACAAUAUUUCAAUUCAGAUACAUUACCAUUAACCGGAGAUAACUCAGAUGACCCAAUAUUCAUGAAGAGGGAACUUGAAAAAGAAGGGAAAAUCUAUGGACCCUAUGGGGCUCGGGAUCAUGGCGGUCAACCCAAGCUAUCAUUCCUAAUGGAAUUGAGAUCUAAGCUGCCAGAACAACCUCAAGCUAUACCAGCUACAACCUUUGGACACAGACGAGAUGAGCCUCAAUAUUAUGAUGACAGACUACCCAGUCCACAGCCGCCUGGCUAUCAAACAGAUUAUCCAACUAACUAUGACUAUGAAACAAGUUAUCCUGAAAGCUAUCAAGCCAGCGCCACUUCAUCACCAGACCUUCAUCCAUCAGAUCUAUACACUAGAUCGAGAUCGGAAGCACUUUUAGAAACAAACUUCGAUUUCGAAGACUCACAAAAUUCUCAACUCUCCGAAGCAAAUAGAGCGCACAGCCAACCUUUAGAAACUGCCAUGUAA